AUGACAGGCACCUUCCAAUGCCCAGAGUGCCGACAGAAGUUUGACUCCGAGAAGGCGAAGCAGCUGCACUGGAAGUUCAUCCAUGAUCCGAAUAGGCUCCAGCAUGCUCCAGCAUCGUACGUGGAUGACUCGCCGCUCCUAAGAGAAAAAGAUCUUAUCAUCGGCUGA